AUGGUCUCACGAGUAACACGAUAUGCUCUAAGCCUCGCUGCCACGAGCUCCCUCGUAGCGGCCGGACCCUGUGAUAUCUAUGCGGCCGGUGGCACAUCCUGCAUCGCUGCACACAGCACCACUCGUGCCCUGUACAGCGCCUUCAGCGGUGCACUUUACCAGGUGAAGCGGAACUCUGACAGUACCACAACCACAAUUAAGCCGCUCUCUGCUGGUGGUGUCGCCAAUGCCGCGGCCCAAGACACUUUUUGUGCCAACACGACCUGUGUAAUUACGACAAUUUACGACCAGUCUGGCAAUGGCAACCAUCUUACCCAGGCCCCGCCAGGUGGCUUUGACGGCCCGGAAUCAAAUGGCUACGAUAACCUGGCCAGCGCAAUUGGAGCCCCAGUCACUCUCAAUGGCCAAAAGGCAUAUGGAGUCUUCAUCUCACCUGGCACCGGCUAUCGUAUUGAUGUUGCUAAAGGCAUUGCUACGGGUGACGAACCUGAGGGCAUGUAUGCAGUCCUCGAUGGUACUCACUACAAUGGUGCCUGCUGCUUCGAUUAUGGUAACGCUGAGACCAGCAACACUGAUACGGGCAACGGCCACAUGGAGGCUAUCUACUACGGUGACAGUACCUACUGGGGUACUGGUUCUGGCUCCGGCCCUUGGAUCAUGGCCGAUCUCGAGAACGGUCUGUUCUCUGGCGUUAGCUCUGGUCAAAACACUGGUGACCCGUCAAUCUCGUACCGAUUCGUCACUGCUGCUGUCAAGGGCGAACCAAAUCAGUGGGCGAUCAGUGGAGGCAAUGCUGCAUCUGGUGCAUUGUCGACUUAUUACAAUGGCGUUCGCCCCACUGUUUCUGGCUACAACCCCAUGAGCAAAGAGGGCUCCAUUGUGCUUGGCAUCGGCGGUGACAACAGCAAUGGCGCCCAGGGCACCUUCUACGAGGGCGCGAUGACCUACGGCUAUCCUUCGGCCGCCACUGAGAACUCAGUGCAGGCUAACAUUGUGGCCGCCAAAUAUGCCACCACUUCGCUGGUCAGCGGCACGGCGCUCACUGUCGGUUCCUCUAUCUCCCUGCGAGCCACGACAAGUGGCUAUAACACACGCUACAUCGCACACACUGGCACUACUGUCAACACCCAGGUCGUAACCUCUUCCAGCAGCACCACUCUCAAGCAGCAGGCUAGCUGGACGGUGCGUACUGGUCUUGGCAAUAGCGGGUGCUACUCUUUCGAGUCCGUCGACACCCCAGGAAGCUACAUUCGGCACUACAACUUCGAGCUACUGCUCGAAGCCAACGACAGCACCAAGCAAUUCUACGAAGAUGCCACUUUCUGCCCAAUGGCUGGCCUGAACGCUGGAGGUAGCAGUAUUCGGUCCUGGAGCUAUCCCACUCGCUUCUUCCGUCACUAUAACAACGUCCUUUAUAUUGCGAGUGAGGGCGGCGUUGAUACCUUUGACGCUACUGCCUCAUACAACGCCGAUGUUACUUGGGUGAUCAGCGCCGGUUUUGCUUCUUAG